AUGGAUUUCUUUGAAGUCCUUGCUCAAUUUUUCCCAAGACGGCUUGGAAUAUUCCAUUUUGGUCUCCUGCUACUUCUUGUGGGAAGCGUCGAAGCGAAAAUCACUUGUCGAGGACUAAAUGGUGAACCAGUGGAUUGGUUUGUGGUUUACAAACCGCCAACAACGUCGAAAUCCACGGCGAAAUUUUACUACAUGGACGCCGCCCACAGCAGUUGGACUCUCGCUCCGCUGACUAUGGACAGCGCUUCGACAGCGGUGGGAGCGACUCUUCGGGAUUUCUAUGGACAAAAUCAGAGACAUUUUUCUUUUGCCUACAAUGACGAUAGCCCUACGGGAAAAGUGGAUUCAUAUCGUGGACACAGCAAAGGUGUGGUGUUAUUUGAUGAAGAGACCGGUUUCUGGAUAAUUCACAGUGUGCCGAAUUUCCCGCCUUUAGGCAGGUAUGGGUACCCGGCAACUGGUCUGAAAUUCGGCCAAACGUUUCUUUGUCUCACCUUAUCCUCACAGUUUCUUGGUGAUGUCGGAGAACAUCUUCGUUAUGUUCAGGCCACUCCCUUCUUUUCAAAUCUUCCAGAAUCGUUCAGUAUGAGAUUCCCCGUGUUGAUCAACAUCGUGAAGAAACAAUCGUUGGGAAAAUCGGACACCAUCUUCACAAGAGUUCGUCAAUUCACAACAAUUGGUGGACAGUCGUUGAAAAGUUUUGCAAAACAUAAAAAAUUCGAUAAAGAGCUACGGAUUAGUAUGGCUGUGGAAAGUUGGCUGAACGGUGGCGCUGACGAUGUGCAGAGUACUUGCACGUCAAGAACCAGCAUAUACGAUGUGACAUCCGUUCACCUUCCGGAUGUAUCCUUCAACAGUUCCCGUGACCACUCGAAAUGGGCGGUGGCAGAUUCGCAGAGCGACGCCGUAGUUUGUGUUGGCGAUUUGAAUCGUCAGAGAUCACAAUUUCGUCGUGGCGGAGGAGCCGUAUGUCUUUUAAAUCGAAAUCUUUGGAAGACUUUUCAUAGUAGUGUGAAUUCUGUACAACCAUGUGCAAGCAAAAAAUUCCAUCCUUAUUUCAAUAGUGUCAUCUACACAAUUACUUCCGUAGUUUUAUCCAUGUUAUGGUCUACAGUAACCUGA